AUGCCCGUACAAGCAAUGUUUGACGACGAUGACUACUCCUCGAAUGACUCGGAGUUCGAGGCCGACAUCAGCACCCGGCGAACAGGUCUUAGAACCCAUAUCCGCGAGCGCUCACGCUCUCGUCACCGCCGCCCGGAAGUCAUCUCUCGCGAGUACCUGGCACCAAUCCAAACCCGCGUGCAACGGUCGGCCUCGACAAGCGGCCGACGCCGCGAACGCGACCCACCAGUGGCACCAUCACCACCAGCGGUAAUGAUUUUCAAUGAGCAGGGGCUGAAGUCAAACAGCCGCUCGGAGAACAGGCCCCAGUCUCGACAUGUGCAGCAGCGGUUCGUCGACGACCAUCACACCAACAACAACCACAACCACCGCCACAACCGCUUCGAUUACGAUGACGACGAUGUCUUGGAUCAGCGUCUCGCGGGAUGCAUCCCCUUCCACCGUGACCCCGAGCUGGCCAUGCGCCAGCACAUACUGGACCAAAAUGACCUCCGGCAGGACAUGAGCAACCAACUGCUGGUGAACGACAAUCACCGGCAGGACAGGGAGCUCUUGAAGCAUCAGAUUGAGAUCGAACGACUGCAGCGCGAGGUACAGAAGUCUCGUAAGCGCAGCGAAAAGCAGCGCGAGAAAAUUAUUAUAAAUCAGGAUCCCGAUCCGCACGCGAUGCACACCCUCAGAGAGGAGAUGGCCUACGAGGACGAGAUAGUGGAGAAGCUGAAUAGGCUGGCUCGGUUCGAGCACAAGGAACAAUCCGCGGAGGAGGAGCGCAAGGCCGAAGAACGCUACCAGCUCAAGAUGCUUGCGAUGGAAAAGAAGGCUGCUGCUGAGGAAGAGGAGGUAAGACAGAAACUACAGGAGGAGAGGUUGAAGGACAUUGCGCGUGCGCAGGACGAGAAAGGACAGAGGGAGAAGCUCGUGCGGGAGGAGAGGUGGAAGGAGCUCGCAAGGAGGAAGGAGGAAGAAGAGGAGAGGGAGAAGCUUGUCCGAGAGGAGAAGUGGAAAGAGCUUGCCCGACAGAAGGAAGAAGAGGAGGAGCGUCAGAAGCUCAUUCAGGAGAUUCGGGAUGAGGAUAUGCGAAAGGCGAGGGAGGCCGAGGAGAAAAAGAAGAAGGAGCUGGCUAUGAAGGCUGCUGCUGUUGAGGAGUGGAAGCUCGAACAGGAGCGGAUGAAGCAGAGAGCGGCGGAGGAGGCGAUUAAGAAGGCGCAGGAGUUCCGCGAACACCUUCGUAGCCUUGGCUAUUCCGACGAAGAGAUUGAUGCUAUCGUCAAUAAGAAAAAGAAUGAUGAGGAGAAGAAAGAGGAGAAAAAGGAGGAAGAGAAAAGGAAGAGAAGAAAGAAGAGACCAAGCUCACCUGGAUUAAGGUAUGCAGUCCAUCGCAAGCACUUGAUGCCAGAUACUUUGAUCGCCUAUGGUCUACCUUGGGACUGGGACGAGAACGACACCAAUUAUAUCAUCAUCAAAAAGUGGAUAGACGACGACUUCCAAGAACAGCUGUUCGCCCACACCAGACGUCUACGCGAGGGCAAGGUCAUCGCUUCGUCCUCCCACUCGAUGACCGAACUAAAAGUCAACGACCGCAAAAAGGACAAGCUGUUCUUGGUCCGGAAGAAGAGCCCUUCAGGUCGGGUGCGCAUCUUUGGAUAA